GCAUCGUCAGUCUCCGAGAGUAAAGGACGUACCGAAGCGCGAACGAACACGAGUGCCUGUCGCACGUAGCAAGUGCAUCCUUCGGCAAAUUACACGCGGUGGCACGCGUGGUGUAACCGGCAUCGCGUUCGCCAGUCAACACCUUCGCGUGAAGGGCAGUUUGAUCGUAAAUCAGUGGCGAAAAUAUCUAUCGGAACCGGCCACGAUUUCCCACCAUCGAAAACGCGGUGCCAUUUAGCAUAAAUAAAGGUGUGAGUGAUCGGAACGUGUUUCACAGUUUGUGUGUGUGUGCUUGUGAUUUUCCCCCUUCAGCCUUACCACCGUUUUCGCCCGUGCAUUUGACUUUUUCAUUGACGCGUGAAUCAGCUGUUUGACAAAAUUCCAACGCGCGAAUCCGUGCCAUGAUCCGGUGAUCGUUUGCGGAAAAUUGUGAUUGUGCCGCCAUGUGCGGAUAAGACGCGAAAAAGGUGCACCACAACACAUUGAACCGUCUCGGCGUUGAUAGCGUGUCACAGAAGCCGGGGAAAAUUUGGUGUGACGGUUGAACCGCGUUGACAUCGAGUGUGAGAUAGAGAGAGUGGGCAAUUCAUGUGCAAUUCUUGUGCCUGUGCAAAUCGGCCGUCAGCUGAGAUCGUGCGUGAUUCAUCGCGGUGCGCGAUCGUGCGUUCGUGAUUCAAAGGCAAUUAAAAUAGAUCGCCCAAAAAGGGAGUGCGUUGUUCAGGGAGUCCGUGUGUGUGUGUGUGUGUGUGCGUCGGGCCACAGAGAAGUGACGAUUUUCCCUCUGGUCUGGGGUUUUUUCUUUUGUGUUUCUCGCCCUAAAACGCGCUAACGCCCCAGAACAGCCCAGCGGCAAGAAGUUAGUUUUGGGACAAAAAUUCGAAAGGUCAGGACGGCAGAACUCGCACGUCAGCCGGGAUUCGGGACGUUCGUGAUUUAUCGCACCGGGGACAAUAUAUUAACCAAAUACGAUCAGCGGUCGUCGUCGUCGUCUCCGGUAGUCGCGGUUUUCCGCCCAGUUCGUCCGAAGAUGGCGCACAUCAGCACGGCCCAGACGGUUGCUUGGUCGCAAACUUUCCGCGAUUCGUACACGGGUGAUACGGGUUGGGCUGGGCGAUACUGAUCACUCAACAACACACGUCUCUCCCCUACCGCUCCCAGCACCCGUGCGUGGAGUGAGCUUCAGUGUGGAUUAGUGCGUGCUAGAGACAUCGAUCGUCUUGCCCCGUGCGCGCCCUCAUGCACCUCCUUCCUCGCAGUUGAUUGCUCGCGCCGUGCCAAUCUCGUGCGUUGGUGAAGAAACUCGUGUCCUUUUGGACAUUGGAUUAGAAAACCGAUCCAAAAGUGGGCCCUUCGCAGAUCACCGCUAAUCGACUGCGGUGUCAAAUUAAUCGUCUCGAUUGGCGUUGAAACGUCGUCCGCGUGCAAAAGGGAGGCUGCUGCUGCUGCUCAACCAACCACCACGAAACCACACACGGCCAGCCCGAUCUGUUUUUGGGGACGGCUACAUUUCUUCACGCCCUGGGCCUGGGCUUAAGCCGCUGGCCGCUCGUCUCGUUCCACCCGCUAAGCUUCCCGUUCGAUUCGAGAUUAACCGUCGCUGGUCGUCGCCAUCGCUGUUGUUGUUGUCGUUUUCGUACGCCGCGGAAUGAUGACGAUGAUUUAUCGGUACUGAGGCGUAAAGGUUGUCUUUCACCCCGAUUACGCCCACCCCCGUCCCCUCCCCGGGCACAAACACUGCCCCACGCCUGAGUGGCAGGCCCCAACCCCGGAGGCAAAACCUCAACCGGUCGUUGAACAUCGUGGACAUCUUGGUCAACAGCACGCGGAUCGUUAGGAAUCGGUUCGUUUCACUAGCAAUUAGCUUGUACGUGUGCGCACCCCCAACGAAACGAGCGGGAGGAAACUGGACUGUGUGCGUGUGUUUAUGCUUCUAAGAAACUGAGAGUAGGAUCGAUUUUGAUUUGAAGGCCGGUGGAAGCGGCCGUUUGCUGGUCUACACUGAAGCGCACCGCGGCGACGUUGGCGAUUUUCCGAACAACAACGAACCCUUCCCAAUCAACCCCACCGGCGUCGUGCAGAUUGGCUCGAGAACAACGGACGUCUCAACCACCACCAAGCCGCGCACACUUUUUGGCCACAUCCCGUCUGGCGGUCUGGCAUUCUGCAUCAACCAGGAAAUAGUCGCAACUAGCAGCAGCAGCAGCACCGAGAGAGCACAAAUAUGUCAACCGGUGUCGUCUCGUUGGCCGUCGUCGCCGUCGUCGUCGUUAGCAGCGUGGUGCACGUGCUGCUGCUGACAAGUGCAUUCGUGGGCAGCACGGUGGACGGUGCGGUGCGCGGUGCCGAUCGGCACAGCUUCGCCUCCGCCAUCAAGUCCACCAUCGACCAUCGGCAAGGGCUAGGACCGGCUUCGUACAGCGCGGCCGGCCAUCGACGAGGUGCGAAGAAUUAUGCCUGUCUGCAGGAUUUGACGCAGACCGUGGUUCCACCCGGGCCGGAACUUACUGAGGACCGGCCGGGCAGCGAGGCACGGUUGCUGCCGGAGGACAGAACCGUGGUGCUUGGCGAGGAUGAGGUCGACGCUGAUAUUGACGAUGACAUUGAUACUGGUAGCGGAACAAACGUUUCUAGCGUGGCGCUCGGCCAUACGCUCCGAAGAUACUCAUUUCGUUUGCUGGAAACGAGUCCACUUUCAAUCACCGUAACGACCACGUGCUCCAAGAAGGACGAACCAGCCACACCAGGCCCUCGAUGGUGGGUGCUGUACGAAGGACGCUAUAUUGCAGCCCUGGCGAAUGGGAGCCAAUUCUUUCGAUCUUGCGUCCAGCGUGGCGUUUACCAGGUGGUCGUUGACACGUCAGGAUAUCCGAUGGCCGGUGGGUGUACCUAUCGGCUCGGCUACAAUCGUAAAGGGGUUGAGGAGUUUCGAAGCUGGCCUUUCCGUAAUCUCAGCGCACCGUCCCGCAUAAAGGUACAGCAGCAGCGUCGUCGCUAUGUGGUGCUGAUCAAGUGGGAAAAGAGCAAGCUGGACAUCCACGUGAUGAACUAUUGUCUCGCGGUUAGUACUGGUCGGCGUCAGCGAACACUAUGUCAAGCUUUGGGCAAUUCCAUCCAUCGUCCGUCCUGCGAUACAAUUGCCGUGAACGAUUUUCUUCACCGGCUGACACCGCGCGACGAGCGUAAGCUGGAUGCCGACGUAGACACGACGAUCGUAUGUACCGGCACCCGUACCCGUCAGCUGAUCCGCGGCAUGAAACCCAACGUGACGUACUUUGUGGACGUGUUUGCGAUUCACUCACAGCACAACAAUAUAUCGUUCCUGCUGGGCUCGACGCAGGUGCAGCUCAACCGUACCCGCCCGACGCAGCUGGUCGAGGGAAAGGUGGCGGUUGGGAAGCUGUCCACGCUCGGCGGGAUAUCGCUGUUCAACUUUAAGGUCCCCAAACGGUCGCCAAACAAUUUCUUCAAGCUGCAUCUAACACCCUGCGGAGGUACGGUCAGCCUAGAGGUGCUCAAGAAGAAGCGUCGCAUUAUGGAACCGGUACGGGACGUGUACUAUCCGCGUACGAUCACCGUGCGAAACGUACGGCCGGGUGAGCGGUAUCUGAUACGGGUGCAUGAGGCAGACGAUACGUCACGCUUGAAUCGGAUACAGGUGGCAGUUAGCUCGCGGGAAGACUUUCUCGAUCUGCCGCGGAUGCCACUCAACACCACCAUCACGGAGCUGGUGCCGCUGCGCAAGUGUCAUUCCAGCACGAUCGCGUGGUUCGGAUCACCGGACAAAGAUGUGACAUACUGUGUGUAUGUGUUUAAGCUCCCAAAGACCCAGUACUACAUCAACAACGUGAAGAUCCCGACGUACUGCGAGCUGGAAAGCCGAGAUGUUUGCAAUCACCCUCAGUUCCACAACAAGCACUGUUUCAACCGUGUCCAGUACAACCCACUCUCGCUGGACAUUAACAACUUGCUGCCCGAACAUUACUACACCGUGUUUGUGACGGCAAACUCUGUACGUGGUCGUAGCCUGCCCUACAAAUCGGUUCGCAUCAAGACGGCCCCAUACUGUCUCGAAAGCAAUCAGAUCCUUCCGACGGGCCCCAUCGGCGCUGGGAAAGGGCCCAUCAAGACGGUCGGCUUUCGGAAGGCAGGAGGACAGAAGCGUCGCAACACGGCCACCGCUACCAAGAACAGUCUAUCGGAGCGAGGCAGUUUGAAGCGAUCGCGAAAGCAACAGGCAUCGCCCAACCGGAAUGUUUAAAAGGGAGUCACAAUUUACGCAGACGUAUUUGAAAGCUUUGUAAAUAUUUUUCUUAAAUAUUCUUCUUCAACUAAACGAAACUCUGAUCGUAUUCAAGAACCAGAGACGAUAAAGGAGGACGCCAGGAGUCGAUGGAACAGCCACAAUACCUUACCGUGCGUUAGAAUCGCCACACCUAAAAUCCUUUAUAAGGGUUUACUCCUUUCAGGGUAGUCAUCAUGAUGUGAGGCAGCAGAGCUGUGCUACGUUUUGACAUCCAUGUUCUCAAAUAGCUUGCAAAUUGCAACGAAAAGCAUAACAAUAGAAGCUUGCUUGCGCAGCUUGCCAAUUACGUUAAGGAGCUCUUAAGGCUAGUAAGACCGGAGCAGUACAGGACAUUACUCAGUAAUAAUUUGACAGGCUGUCUGAAAGGCACUCCAGAAAGGAAGCACAUACAGUACAGUACAUUGCUUGAUUGCGCGUGGCAAUACAAUGUGUAUUUAAAUAUUAGCGUUAGUGUAGCGGCAGAACAUUUUUAGCUUUAUAAUCGUCAGUAUAGGUGAGUAAGAAUUUUGGACACCAGCUGCCACUGUUCCACGUUUAUUCCUUUUCAGCCAUAUUGAUUCACACCCGGGGACUGAUAGGAUCACAAAGCAAAUCACACCCAAGCGAGUGUGUUUAGCGGGAGGCGAGAUAUUGCCAUCCCUUUUUUUCCGCAACUUUUACUUUGACAGGUGUUUGACGGCCGAAACAUCGUUAUUCCAACUCAGCAAAAAAGAAGAAAAACCUCCCGCCACACACUAAUUGAUUACCGAUAAGAGCCGCUAGUGUUUGUAAGAUUUAUUUGUGAUAUGAUUUGUAAUCGGGCGCGUGAACCGAGUGAACCGCUCGGUGACGGUGUAAGUGACCCGGAGUCAGUCGAUUAAACUUCACUUUAAUAGAGCCACCAAGCGUCUCCAUGUCAACGGCAGUACGAGUGCAUUCGGCGUCCGUUGCCCUUUUCCGUUUCCGAAAGGUGCAAUGACAUCGGAGAGGGGGGGGGGGGGAAUAAUUAAUUUCUGCCACAUUCUCUCGAUUGGCCCACUCAUCUGUGUGUUGUAACAGUGACUUUGCGCUGGCGGGCUUCCUUUGGAGUUCCCUCCUCCCAUUUGUGUGAGUCUGUGUGUGUGUGUGUGUGCUUGUGGCGUGGCACGGUUAUCGGAUUUUGUUUGCUUACGGAGGAGGAACACGGUACAAUAGGACGCUGUUGGAACACGGUUGUCUCGAAUUCUUGGUUGUUUUAUGAUUGAUAUCGUCGACCCGUGAGCGUCCAAUAGCGGAUUGGAACACAGUGGGAUUGUGCGUUGGGUGUGCCGGUGGACACAAUAAAAUUAACGAUUACUAUAAUCCAUAAA